AUGAAACUUUUAGCAGUACUCAUAGCCGACGAUCCCGUGGAAGAAGUCGAGGUGGCUGCGGUUCGCUGCCAGCCUGAGCGCAUCGAAGACCUCUGCCGGAGCACCAAGUUCACGCGCCAGGAGCUCAAGUUCAUGUACCAGGGCUUCAAGCAGGUUUGUCCAACAGGUCUGGUCCACGAGAACACCUUCCGAGAUAUCUACGCACAAUUUUUCCCCCAGGGACAUGUAAGCCAGUACGCGCACUACCUUUUCCAGGCGUUCGACCAGGACCAUAACGGUACAAUAACCUUCCAGGACUUUGUGGUUGGCCUGUCGGCGCUCUCCCGCGGUGCCCCCGUGGACAAGCUCCGCUGGGCGUUUCAGCUUUACGACCUGAACAAGGACGGCAUCAUCUCGAGGGACGAGAUGCUCGACAUCAUCGUGUCCAUCCACAGCCUAGUCGGAAACAGCGGCUCGGCUUCCGGGGGAGACGACGAUGACCCCGACUCGGUCCGGGAUCACGCCAACAGGGUCUUCCAGAAACUUGACCUCAACCAGGACGGAGUGGUGACAUUCGACGAAUUCAUUGAAACGUGUUUGAAGGAUGAAAACGUCAUGAAGUCCUUGGCUAUCCUUGACACGGUGCUAUGAUCAUCCGGCGCCUCGCUGCCAUCAUGAACAACUGAAAUGCCAUCCUUGAAUCCCUGAAUUCAUCGGUCCUGCAGCGACAUCAUUCUAAGGCACCUCUGCUUCUCCAAGUCGCUUUUACGUCUCGGCGCCAUCCUCGAGUUCGUCAGACCUUGGGACUUCAUUCAGCAAGUCAGUCGGUGGCGCCGAUAGCACAUCAUGACGAUGUCUAGACCUAGAAAAGGCGUCGAAGUCUAGCGACCCUAUCGUGUCUGGUAACACAUAUAGCUUCCACGUGAAGCCUAAGCACAGGCACCAGUGUAAGGAUCUACAUGAAACAACGUCUCAGGUCAAGGUCAGAGUCCGCGUACUCUAGACCACUGUUGGACUAAAAGAUAGGCGUACCUCAAUGACUCGCCAGUGCAGAUGGACGCUAACACUAGUUGGAAAAGAAUUCUAUCAAAACAAGGCAUCGUCAGGUUCGCGCGCAUCUACUGUUACAUGUGGCCUACAAAUCUUUCCUGAUGGAUGGCUCAUGAAAUGCAAAGCUAUGGUCUAUCGUAAACGUGACACGAGAUCAUCGGUUUGUGGCGAGCCGAAUCUUGGUGUCUGAAAAACUAGCUACGUUUUCAGAAGUAGUUCACACGAUGCAGGCUGCUCCUCAUUGGCAGAUAGAUCUGAGAUGUCAGAUGCAUCUGCGUUGACGUGUUCUGCUCCAGUUGAAGGAAGACU